AUGUUGUGGCUAAAAAAGCACAAUCCCCAAAUCUCAUGGGAAAAGCACACGCUUGUUUUUAAUUCAUCAUAUUGUUCCAAAAACUGUUUAUCAAUCCCUGCCGUCUUAGAACUUAAAGCGGUAGAAGAAAUCCCCACCCCUUACCAAGAAUUUUCCAAGGUUUUUUCCAAGGAAGAAUCAUCCAAAUUGCCACCUCACCGCCCUUACAAUAUUGCUAUUGAAUUGCUCCCUGACGCAAAACCCCGGCAUGGCCCCAUAUAUAGUCUAGGGCCAAGGGAAGAUGCAGAACUGAAGGGAACCAUAGAGAAACAACUUAAGGCUGGCCUGAUUUGUCCCUCCAAAUCUCCUAUGGCUUCCCCAAUUCUAUUUGUCAAAAAGAAGAAUGGGAAGCUACGCAUGUGUGUGGAUUACCAACGCCUAAAUAGCAUGACCAAGAAGAAUGUAUAUCCUCUACCAUUGCCACAAAACUUGAUUGAGAAGCUACAAGGUGCAAAGAUUUUUAGUAAAUUCGAUCUCAAGGCCAGAUAUAACUUAGUCCAAAUUAAAGAAGGCAAUGAAUGGAAAACAGCCUUCAAGACAAAAUACGGACUAUUUGAGUACUUGGUUAUGCCCUUUGGGUUAACAAAUGCGCUGGCGGCUUUUCAAGAUAUGAUGAACAAAAUAUUCAGGGAUCUUCUGGAUGUUUAUGUCAUCAUAUACCUGGACGAUAUCCUAGUCUUCUCCUUGAACAAAAAAGAUCAUGAAAUUCAUGUGCGCAAAGUGCUAAAGAGGCUACAGGACAAUGACCUCUUUUGUAAUAUUGAAAAAUGCCACUUCCAUGUCAAGAAGAUUGACUAUCUAGGGUUCAUUAUAUCUGAAUUUGGUAUAGAAGUCGACCAAUCUAAAGUCACGGAUGCCAUGAAUUGGUCAACACCUAAGAAUGUCAAAAACAUCCAAGAAUUCUUAGGAUUUGUGAACUUUUAUAGACAAUUUAUCCCCAAUUUUGGUAACUUGGCACGACCCCUAUACAAUUUGCUCAAAAAGGACAGCCUAUGGAAAUGGGAAUUGGCGGAACAACAAUCCUUUGACAGUUUAAAGAAAUGCCUCACUUCAGCGCCACUACUCCUACAGCCGGAUACAACAAAACAGUUCUACAUAGAAUGCAAUGCAUUGGACUAUGCCACUGGAGCUAUAUUAUCCCAACGCAACCCUGAAGGGAAACUAGCUCCAGUAGCCUAUCUAUCCAAGUCACUGUCCCCUGCUGAAAAGAAUUACGACAUUUUUGACAAGGAACUAUUGGCAGUCAUUAGGGCAUUUAAAGAAUGGCGCCAUUUACUGGAAGGAUCAGAGUUACCAGUUCAAGUUCUAACAGAUCAUAAGAAUUUGGAACCUGGGGCACAGAAUAAAAAGGCGGAUAUCCUUUCUCAACGCUAUGAUUUAGUACCCCUUGAAGGGGGGGUAGAGAACCAGGUUCUCCUGAAACCGGAACUUUUUAUUGCAUCUAUUACUCCGGAUCAAGAGAUCAAUGACCUAAUUGGCAAAGCUAUUUACGAGGAUGACCAUCUGAAAGAAAUCCUGCACAAACUCCAGAACAAGGAAAAGAUCUUGGAUUGGGAAUUGAAAGAAGGGCUACUAUGGUAUCAGGGAAAAAUCUUUGUACCUAAAGACAAUACCAUUAGGAACCUUAUUUUAGAAUCUAGGCAUGACGCCUUGGCAGCAGGACACCCAGGACAAGCCAGGACAUUUGUUAUAACCUCCUGA